AUGCGUCUACCUCCUGGUUUUUCAACAGGUUCGUCUCCUGGUAAAGUCUGUCGGUUACGUAAAUCUUUGUAUGGUUUACGCCAAUCUCCCAGGAACUGGUUUGCAAAACUUACUUCUUCCUUGCGACGAUAUGGCUUUCAACAAUCUCAUGCCGAUCACACCUUGUUUACAUACCAAAAAGGAGAGGAUGUUUUUUCAUUAUUGGUUAAAGGACUUGGUCCUUUAAAAUACUUUCUAGGCAUUGAAUGUAAUCGUUCUUCCGAAGGUAUGUUUCUCAACCAACGUAAGUAUGCCUUGGACAUACUCCAAGAGGCUGGUCUUCUUGCUACCAAGCCUGUAGAAUCCCCAUUACCACAAAACCAUCAGCUAGCCUUAUCCACCAGCAAGUUGUUCGAGGAUCCUGCUCGAUAUAGACGUCUAGUUGGUCGUUUAAUUUAUCUGACUAUUACUCAUCCUGAUUUGUCAUACGCGGUUCAUAUUCUGUCACAAUUCAUGCAAGCACCAAGACAGGAUCACUAUGAUGCUGCUAUUCGAGUUCUGCGAUAUAUUAAAGGGCAUCCGGGACAAGGUUUGUUUCUUCGAGCAGAUAGUGAUCUGCAAUUGCGAUCAGUUAGUGGGUAUUUUGUGCUCUUAGAAAAUUCUCUGAUCUCGUGGAAAACUAAGAAGCAAACUACGGUGUCUCGAUCGUCCGCUGAGGCAGAGUAUCGUGUUAUGGCUCAUGCAUGUGCAGAAGUAAAAUGGCUCAAAGUCCUCCUGCAUUCUCUUGGUGUGCGACAUCGAAAACCUAUCCAUCUUUUUUGUGAUAAUCAAGCGGCAAUCUACAUUGCGUCAAACCCGGUGUUUCAUGAACGGUCUAAGCACAUUGAAAUUGAUUGCCAUUUUGUUCGGGAGUUGCUCAUGCAAGGUGUUAUUUCUACAGCACACGUGCGAACUAAGUUUCAGCUAGCAGAUUUGUUUACCAAGGCCCUUGGAGUUCCAACCUUUUCUUUUCUAUUGUCCAAGUUGGGUGUUCGUGACCUUUACGCUCCAACUUGA